GAGGGAACAUGUCUGAUUCAGAAGGAACAAAUGAAUGGUCAACAGACAGUGAAAAUGAAGCUGAGGAGUCCCUGGGAACUCAGCCUUUUAUGUUUGAGCCUGAGGCAAGUGACUCCAGUUCUUCUGAUUCUGAUGACGAGAUAAAUGACCCUGAAAGUAGACUUGGCAAUACAACUUGGUGCCAGUGUGGCCAUUGUGUACCUAUGCCAACCUGUAUGGAGUGUGUUUGUUGUUGUGAAAUUCAACAAGUUGUAGCAAAAAAGAAUCAUCUGCAGAGCCCAGUUGUAUGCAUCACAUUGCAUCCUGGGUUUCAUAAUGUUUGCCUUGACAUGUGGGUCCUCCAAGCUGCUUCCUAUGUGUAUCGCCAACAGUAUGGUACUAGUGCUCGUCAUGGUUCUUUUCAUGAUCAAAUGAGGCAUACAGCAUAUCGUCAAUUGGUAAGCUGGUGUUGGCAGUGGCUUGGAAGAAACAAUCGAGUGGUUCUACCUGCUUGUGCUGUUGCUAAAAUCAGGGAAACAUUCCCUUCUAAUGGAAAUUAUGUUGGUUUUGAAUUGUAAUUUAUUAAGUAAUAAAUCGACUUUUAUGCUCUAUAAUCGCAUCAUCUUUGUUUGGCUUUUCGUAAGUACUGUUUAGUGGAGGUGGUACUGCACGUUUUACUGUGGUGAUAUUUUCUAAUACCAUCUUGUGUACUGCAUCUGA